AUGGGAUUAAUGUGGGGCAAUGGAGAGAGCAGCGACGCACUCGUCAAAUCGCUGCGGGAUACCUGUGAGAAGGAUGAUGACAUCAAAUUCGGCUGGACCGUCUAUGACACCCGGUCUGGAGGCAUCCAGACGAUCAAUGAUACCAGCAUAGAUGUGGAUGUUACUACAUCGUUCAUCAAGACACCCGACGGGAAGAGUUGGGGUGUUCGCGUCGAUGGUGCUCCUAAGAGACGCGCUACGAAGACAGCAGUCAUCUUCCAUCUCGCAUUAGAAGACAUGCCGGACCCUAGCGCUGCAGAAUCACCGACCAAGUAUGUGCGGUGUGAGCCGGCUGAUACGCCCGCAGGAAAUGAUCAGGUCAUCGCUGUCUGUACCGGUGAAGAUCCUUCUCUUGGAGGCUUUGAGAUUCAGGUCAUCAACGUAGCGCAAGGCAACAUCGUCGAAGGUCCUGCGAUCAAGAGUAUCCAGGUUCCAGAGUCUAGUACCUGGCAAGCGAAAUCUGUCCUCACGAGUCAGAUCAAAGCCGCGUCUAGUGCUGCACCGGGAGGGGCGGGGCUACCCAGCGGUCAUCGGACUGCGAACAUGCAUUUUCUACAAGCAGUCUUUGAGGGACCUUUCGAGAUAGACUUGAUCUACUAUUCAAAGUCAACCACGAAGACUAUAACAUCCGCCAAUUUCGCGGGCAAAGUCGAUGAGAUUAGAACGAUGUAUCAGCAACGUAUAAAUAAUGUUUUCCCUUGGGUGGCGCCAUACCACCCUCCUUUUGAGCCCGAGCAUGUCUCAUUCGAACAGUCUUUGCUGUCUAAUCUUCUUGGUGGUCUUGGAUACUUCCAUGGUGACAGCAAAGUCGACCUGACGCACGCUAAAGCAUACGAAGAGGAAAAGCCAGACUUCUGGAAAGAUACAGCCAGUGCGAUGGCGCAAGCGGAAAUAACAACAGCCGAACCAACAUCGCUUCUAUCACAUACCCCUUCUAGGUCCUCUUUCGCUCGUGGAUUUCUUUGGGACGAAGGCUUCCAUUUGCUCCCAGUAGUUGAGUGGGACUUGGACCUUGCAGUCUCGGUCCUGCGCAGCUGGUACAAUCUCAUGGACAGCGAUGGGUGGAUUGCACGAGAACAAAUUCUCGGACCUGAGGCACGGAGUAAAGUGCCUGAGGAGUUCCAGGUUCAGUAUCCUCACCACGCAAAUCCUCUUACCUUCACUGCCCUGGUAUUGCCGAUGAUACUAGAUAAGAUCGAUAACCAGACUUCAUAUCUUGGAAGACCGUCCCAGCAUCUCGCUUCGCCCGAAACAUCCGAGAAACUCCUGCGGGAACUGUAUCCCCUGCUUGUCCGACAAUAUGACUGGUUCCGACGGACGCAGGCCGGUGACUUCAGUGACGCGUACACUCGCCCAAAUGAGACUAUCCCAGACGAAGGCUAUAGGUGGCGUGGGCGCACCCCAGAGCUUACCCUAACCAGUGGCCUGGACGAUUCUCCGCGCGCGAAUGUGCCGCAUCCCGCAGAAUUACAUGUCGACGCGCUGUCGUGGGUAGGCGCAUCCGCUCGCACUCUGACAAGAAUCGCGAAGUAUUUGGGCGAAGACGGGGAUGCCAAGAUGUAUGGCAAACAGGCGAAGAAUAUAGAGCACAAUCUCGAUGUUUUACACUACGACCCGGUAGGAAGAAUCUACUGCGAUUCUACGGUGCUGUUCAAGAGCGACUCUAAGGAUGAUUCCAAGGAUGAGACAAAGGUUGAUCCAAAAGGUGAAUAUAAGCAGGUGUGCCAUAUUGGUUACAUCUCACUCAUACCAUUUCUGACUGGCCACCUUGGUGCGGAUCACCCCAAUCUCAACGCCGUUCUGGGUUUGCUCAAUGACCCGAACAAGAUCUGGUCGCCUUACGGCAUUCGAAGUUUGAGCAUCAAGGAGGAUAAGUAUGGACAAGGCGAUGACUACUGGCGCGGUGCUGUGUGGAUGAACAUCAAUGUCCUAGCGGUACUACGGCUCAACGAGAUAGGACGGUGGCCCGGAAAAGAGCAGAAGUGGGUGCAGAAGCUCGCGCAGCAGCUAAGGCGCCGCAUACUGGCAAAGGUCUUCGACAGCUGGUACGACACAGGUUUUGUGUGGGAGCAGUACUCUGAUGUCACUGGACAUGGCAGGCGAGGCAAGGGCUUCACGGGAUGGACAGCAUCUUUACUUCUUUUGAUGCGCAUGGAUGACACACCGUACCCUGUGGUGGAGAACCCUGGAACGUGGACUCCCGGCCGCGUGAUCGCAUUGGUGUUGUUCUUGGUCGCAGCGGUGGCAGGCAUCGUGACUGUGGCCAUACGGCGAGGGCUACUGGACCGCUUCGGCUGGGUGAUGGACAAGGCGAGGGAGAGGUUUAACAUACCCGUGUACAAACAACUAAAGGGAGACGUGUACUAG